AAGAUGACUGUGAACACGAGUGGGACAGCUACGGCUCGGUGCCACAUCUCUGUCUCCAUUAGAGUUUCAAGCCGGUUUCGCGCUGAAUAUCGAAUUGGGCAUCGUCGCGCGCCGGACAGGGCAAGCAGGCGUCCCAUCGAUCGAGUGACUCUGCCUUCGCGACAGCAUCAGGAUGGAGCUCAGGAAGAUGUUCGUCCGAUUGCGCAAGAUGCUGUGAGCGGGCGAGCACUGCAAAGACAGCCAUGUUCGACGCGCCGGCCAUCGAUGGAGUCAAGACGCAGAACCCGUUCCCUGUGCAACCUACAGGGCUUCUCCUUGGCUCGAUGGCCGCCGCUGUGCUCUACGGACUGCACAUCGGUCAAGUGCAUCGAUACUACACGCGCUUCAGGGAAUCCGACAGCGCUGUCUAUCACUGUUUUGUCGCUUGGGUCUUUUGCCUGAGCUCGCUACAGAUGGCGGUCUGCGUGAGCUCGCUGUAUCACUACUUGGUUUCCGGCAUCGGGCGAACAGAAGUGUACGACUACAUGUGGUACAUGAUCUCGGUACAGGACGGUCUGAUACCGACAAUGGCAGUCACGGCGCACGCUUUCUUUGGCUAUCGCGUCUAUGUCCUCACAGAAAGACGGCGCUGGAUCGCGAUUUUGCUUGGUAUCAUGGCACCCUUUACCUGGUGUGUCGGUAUCACGCUCGCCGUCACUUGCGCCAUCUGGGCCCAUGAUCCCGUCGUACCUCUGGCCGAGUUCAGAGCCCGAAAGAUUGGUCUGCCUGCUCAAGUUGUCAGCAUCAGCUGGCUCGGUCUGUCGGCGUCCAUCGAUGCCUUCAUCACAAUUGCACUCGUCGCCACGCUGCUCAGGAAAAGGACAGAAUCAUCUUCGACGCGAAGGACGCUGCGACGAAUAGCAGCACUGACGAUGGAGACUGUCGCACUGACUCACGCGGUGGGCGCAACCAUGUGCUUGCUCUUCUUGGUCGCACCGGCCGCCCACAGAACCCAAUCAAACGUCUUUUGGUUCUUGCUCGAACUGGUCACAGAGCUGUAUGCCCUGUCUAUCUUGUUUACACUCAAUUCGAGACGUCGCUUCCGACGUGUCUGGGAAGGCGAGCGAUGGCUCGAGAAGCAGAUGACCGGCGCGCAUGGCAAUAUCGGCUCGUCCCUCGAUUCGCAGUCACCUCAAGAUCAAAGCAUCGCCCUCGCACGGAUCAAUCUGGACAGCGAGAUCUCUUUGCGUCCUGAGCACCCGCCAAGAGCUUCUAGCAGUCGAUAUAGGCCUCCGAGCUCGCUCUCCGAUUCGCCCUUGCCCUCGCCGAUCUCGCCUAGUCCCCUGGGCCAGACGAUCAAUCUGCCACAGAUCACGCCUCCUGCAGCAGUGCUAUCGCCAGAAUCUCUCGAUGCGGAGACCGACGUUUUUGCCAUGCUGAGCGAGGGACCCCCUCAGCGACCUACGCUACCUUCGCGUUGGAGCAGACGGUCGCGCUCGAGCAACUCAUCAACAACACAAAAACUGAUCACGCCCCUACAAGGUCGAUCGUCCGAGGAAAUCGUUGUGAGACUCUAUAAUCCGAUCCUUUGCAAUUCGGCUGACACCUGAGCAGACGCUCGCGACUCUGCCCACACGACCGCAAGAGCCAAAUCGACCGGCUCGUCUGAUGAUCACCACUGGGCGAUCAUCGCCCCCUUCGAUAGCCGAGAUUGCAACGCACGAUCAAGUCUAGACGCAUAUCUGUUGUUGCGCACAUGUGUACAUGUACAACACUGCAUUGCACGCAUGCUCAGACCGACAUCUUCAUCUCGAGCUUCGGAUGAGGCUUGUAGUCGGACA